AUGUUCUUAGUCUUGAGCUUGUUUUUAUAUGCUCUCUGUUAUUUGGUUAGCUCUGGGCUUUCCGACUAUGCCUGCAACAAAUCGGAUGUGUCAUUAGCGCUUUCUCAGAUUAUUAGCGGGCUUAGACCACGACCCCUGUCAAUAAUAAUACUAUACGGAUCAAAUAAAGAUUUUGAUAAUUGCGACGGCGAACGAUCUUUUCCCGUGGACGACUUUGUGAAGCGACUUCAUCGCAAUUACUAUAAUUCACUAAUAUUCAACAACAGGGAGAUUUUCUUUCAACACAUCGAGGCAAAUCUAAUGGGUGCCAUCGAGUGUGUCAGUCUGAUUCUAAUCGACCCCAAGGAAUUAUUGGAUAACCUUUAUAACCGACACUUAACACACCGUCUUAGCCUUUACAUUUUCUAUUGGGGGGCUAACUGGCUUCCCCGUGCUAGUCUAUUAAAAUUUGAGGAGCCACUUCGUGCGGUCGUAGUAACCCGCCCUCGAAAACACGCUUUUCGCAUAUAUUAUAACCAGGCACAGCCCAGCAAAAUAAACCAUUUGCAGUUGGUAAAUUGGUAUGACACUAACAACCUAGGUCUAAAACGCUGUCCACUCCUGCCGUCCGGAGCGUCUGUAUACAAAAAUUUUGACGGUCGCGUUUUUCGUGUUCCUGUUUUUCACUCUCCACCCUGGUUUUGGGUCGCCUAUGGGAACAAGAGCGACCGUUUUAUGGAAAACUUAACAUCUCUUGACAGUCUGGAUAACAGCGAGUUAAGGGUUACGGGUGGACGCGACCACCGCCUGCUCAUGCUUUUGGCGCAGCACAUGAAUUUCCGGUUUAAAUAUAUAGAAGCUCCUGGAAGAACACAAGGAUCCUUUAGAUCAGAAGAUGCUACAGCUUCUAAAGACAGCUUUACGGGUGGAAUCGGACUUUUGCAGAGCGGCCAUGCCGAUUUUUUCUUAGGCGAUGUCGGUCUAAGCUCGGAGCGGCUUAAGGCCAUUGAAUACUCGUUUUUCACUUUGGCCGAUUCCGGUGCCUUUGCCACUCAUGCCCCAAGACGCCUUAAUGAGGCCCUUGCUAUUCUGCGACCUUUUAAGCCGGAUAUCUGGCCAUAUCUUAUUCUUACAAUAGUCUUUUCUGGUCCCAUGUUCUAUUUUAUUAUUUCCAUACCUUAUCUUUGGCGACGGCACUACAUCACAUCGGAUGUAGAGGUAAAAAGGCCAGUCGAACUUUUUCAAAAGUGCAUUUGGUUUACAUUGAGGCUAUUUCUAAAGCAGUCUUGUCGGGAACUGUAUAACGGGUAUCGAGCUAAAUUCUUAACAAUUGUAUACUGGGUAGCAGCUACCUACGUCUUAGCCGAUGUCUACUCCGCACAACUGACAAGCCAGUUUGCACGACCCGCCCGCGAGUCCCCUAUCAACACUUUGCAACGCCUGAAAGAAGCCAUGAUUUAUGAUGGCUACCGCCUUUAUGUAGAAAAGGAGAGUAGCUCGCUAGAGAUGCUGGAGAAUGGAACGGAACUUUUUAGACAGCUGUAUGCUUUAAUGCAGCACCAAUUUCCCAACACUCGGUCGGGUUUUUUAAUUGAUUCAGUGGAGGCGGGUAUUAAGCUAAUAGCCGAUGGAGGAGAGGACAAAGCAGUUCUGGGUGGGCGAGAGACACUCUACUUCAACAUGCAAAGCUAUGGAGCUCAAAACUUUCAGCUCAGCCAAAAGCUAUAUACUCGCUAUUCGGCGGUGGCAGUACAAAUUGGUUGCCCUUUUUUAGACAGCUUAAACGAUGUUAUCAUGCAUCUGUUUGAAAGCGGAAUUCUAGACAGGAUAACUAUAGCAGAAUAUGCGGCUCAAUCAAGACAAAUUACCAAAAAUAAAAAUCAUCAUUCUUCGGAUUUAACAGCACUUGAAAGCAGUAAACAUAGUACUAACGAGAAGAUCAGGGACUUGCAAAAUCAGCCCGCAUGCAAUGAAAAUGAAAUUAUAAUGCCACUUAACUUCCGAUUACUUCAAGGAGCCUUUAUUGCUCUAGCAGUGGGUUCCUUUACUGCAGGAUCGAUGUGUCUCUUGGAAAUGUUUUUGUGCCAUCUAGUUUUGGACUUAAAAUGGGGUGAUAAUUGUACUAGCUGGCUUACCAAUUGGAAAAGAAUAAGGCAAUUCAUUAAUUAUUCAUUCAAAAAUUAA